AUGAUUAUUUUUAUUAUGGAAAAGUCAAAGUACCUGAAUAUCGUCUCGCCACACCCACUGUCCCGCCACGGCCCGAUCGACGUUACUUAUGAGCAGGCUGAUUGUUCCGUAAACCGUCGUUCUCUAAAUGAUAUUUACACUCUUUCCAGAGCGACCAUACUCGCCAGUAGAGAUGUCAUGUUGGCUCCUUCUUCCUUGAAUCUUCUUAAAUUGGAUUUGGCACCCCACCUUUUCGAUUUCAACUCCUGCCCUCUUGGCGUCUUCAGCUCAAACCACUACCGAACGAGGGGAAUAAUCAUCGGCCAAAUCUGUCCAAGGCUUGUGGUAGAACAGCUACUUGUACACGCAGGUGUUGGUUCUAAUGCUAAAGACACGGAAUGUUUUGACAAACCAUGGCUUUCGAUUACUGCAAUUGAAGGAUACGAAGCAGUAGUGGAGCAGCUACUUGCACAUAGAGACGUUGACCCUGGUGCUGAAGACACUUUCCGCGAGACCUCGCUUUUUAUUGAUCCUAUUUCUGAAGACAAGAUUAGUGAAAACAUUCCGCUUUUGUUGGCUGAAACAUUAGAAUACAAAGAGAUAGUAGCACAGCUACUGGCGAAGGCAAGCACUGAAAGUGGGGGACACAGCAGAGUUGCAACAGAACUGUUAGCAAUGAAUAGUGUGGAGCUGAGCACGUCUGAUAAUAUGUGCUUGGUUUCAUUGUUCUUUGACACCUCGCUUUUCGAUCUGGCUUUCCUAUUGCAACUGGCUUUGUGGAGCGAACCGGCAAGUUUUGUGAACUAG